AUGCACCAAUUGCCGCCUAGAUCAAGUUCUUUGCGAGCUAGGGCCCAGCAAACGCAGAAGGUUGGCCUCUUGAAGCGUUGUUGUGGAACCCGGACUAAGCAAGUUCUUCCUGGCAGUGAGGGAACCAAUGAUGCAGCAGUGACGGCUACCCGGCAUCCUUUGCAACCGCUCCAAGAACAAAACACGGCCAACCAUGUUACUAUUGAAGAGCUACUGCAUACGACUCCAUUACAGGCUCAAUCCACUCAGCCUGCAGAACAACCGUCCGUCAGACCUCAGAGUUCUGUCGCCCAACCUCAAGCUGCAAGCGAAGUCUUUGAGCAGCAUGGGGACGGGUUGCCUGACGUCACGGUUGAGUUCCCUGCAAGCCCAUCAGAAUCACAAAGUCUAGAUUCAGUUGGGCUGUUAGGCAAUGAGGCGGCAGCGCAGUCUGUCAACGUGAGACGUCUGCCAGCGUCGUUGCGAAAGAUCGACAUCGACUUUCUGUCGCACAAGGGAGCGCUUACCCUACCAACUCCUGCAUUCCGCGAUGUUUGCUUGUCUCGCUAUAUCGAAUUCGUGCAUACGGUUUUGCCUGUGCUAGACCUGGGCGAGUUUCUGAGGAGCUUGCUGAAAAGCCCUUCCGAGACGAGCCAAGGAGCAAGCUUGUUGCUACUUACUGCGGUCAUCUUUGCGGCUAUUCCCUUCGUUGAGGUUGAGCUGGUCAGGGCUGCCGGCUACCCCUCGAAGCUAGCCGCGCGUGCAGCUCUACAAGAGAAGGCCGAGUUGCUCUUCGAUCUCCGCGCGGAGGAUGACAAGAUAGUGCUGAUACAGUCCGCGUUGCUUCUUAGCACUCCCCGUGGCAAUGUGCAAGAUUAUAAGGAUUCGUGGUAUUGGAUUGGUACGGCAAUUGCGAUCGCCCAGUCGCUCGGCUUGCACCUCGAUCUGGCCGGCCAACAGGGUCACAGUAAUGAGCGGAAGCUAAAGAGACGAUUGUGGUGGUGUUGCUAUGUUCGAGAGCACAUCGUGGCCAUGGGUCUAGGCAAACCUUGUCGCAUAUCCCAAUUUCGGGUGCCUAUGAUCGGCAUCGCUGACUGCGAUCUUUCGGCAAUUUCACUUUCUGCCCCUUACGCACAUGUGCUCCCUGCAGACUUGCACAAUCCCACGAAACUGAUAACUUUGGCGACGCUACUGGUCGAAAAGGCAAGGCUCUGCGUUUGCAUUCAUAGGAUCGUGUCUACGGUGUAUGGAGGGAGCAGCUCGCAUGGCCAUGGAGAGUGGAUUGGGGCACCGAACUCAGAUCGCCCGGGAGGCUCCAAGGACAUCGAGGACUGCACACGCGAUCUCGACCUGUGGAUGGCGAUGCUCCCGAAUGAGGCGGCAUCUAAACUUUCGAGCCACCAAGAUCAGGAUCGCAGCCUGAUUAUUUCGAAGGUGACUCUUCAAACAAUCUACUAUACUGCCAUCAUCGCCGUGCAUCGUCCGCAGGCAUUUGGACAAAAAGCCUCUGGUACAGUCUCGAAAACGCAGACUUGGUCCCACGCCAGGCUGAUCGUGCGAUGGGCAGCCCAUCAAAUAUCCGGUGCUUUUGCAUACGUCCGCGAGCAGGGCUUGCUAGACUACUUGGAUGCAACAGCAGUAGCCAACAUCAUUGCUGCUGUUGUGGUACAUCUCCAGGACUGCAGUGUGUCCGACGACAGUAUACGCAGACAGGCCUUGCAUGAUUUGCGGCAUUGCAUGGUUUAUCUUCGACACCUUCAGCAUACCUACUCAAGCGCAGGGCACGCUCUGAAGGUUCUCCAACCAGCUGCCCGCUCGGCUGAAAUGGCAGUGAAUGGUUUAGACUCUGGCGAGAACAUGAUGGACAACUUGCAGCCUAGCCCCGCACAGACGACCAAUGUCGGCUACCGGGACUUUAUCGAACACGUAUCGGAGCCAUCUUCGUUGAUAGCUGCUUCACAGAAUCGGGAAAGCCAUGCAACUAAUCCCUUUACUGACUUAUACACUCAAGCAUUGGGAAACGAAUGGCCACAUGUACUAUAG